AUGGUGCGCACCCCGUGGUCGCCACAUCCCUGUAUGGCUGAAAAUCUUGCACAAACUUUACGUGGAAAAAGUCAGUCUGUAGUGCAACGUAUACAAGAAAGUAUAUCAAGUAUUACGGAUACUAGUGCUGCUCUAUCGAAACAAGUGAUAUUACAAAAGCUAUUGGCCAAUGGUAUCUUACAAAUGGAUCAUAUUCGUAAUGCUCUGCAAAUGGGUAUUGGAUAUUAUCUUGACCAAAAGAUUGAACAAAAUCCUAAUCAGAAAAGCUUAAUACAUACACGACCAACGUAUGAUACUGAACAUGUUGAACGUCUCAAAUUUCCAGCGAUCGGUGGCGGUGAAAAAAAUACACCGCCUCAUUCGUAUCCAGAUUUUGAUUGUGAAGCCUAUGCACUUAAUGCUUUUUUCUGUUUGAUGAAUAUUUAUGGUAUUGAUCCAGAAAUAUUGCGUGAUAGUAUUAUUGGAAGUGGAGAACUACGAGAAAUAGCUAACCCAGCAAAAAGUGGUUCAUUAUUGUAUCUUACAGCUGACAAAGAAUUUAUCAUUAAAACCGUUCGAGAUUACGAAGCGAAAUUUAUUCAACAAAAAUUUUUAUCUGCAUAUGUUGACUAUGUUAGAAAGCGUCCAGGAACAUUCAUCACAAAAUUAUUCGGAUUGUAUGGCUAUAUACCCUAUAUACCCAAAGAAAAACUUGGUCUAUCUGUCGAAACGUUUACGCUUCGUUUUGCAGUAUUCUCAAAUUUUAUUCCAUCACAAUUAGAAAUACAUGAAAAAUAUGAUUUAAAAGGAAGUACCUUUCGACGUGAUGCAGAUGCAGUUGAAAAACGAAAAGAACUUGCUACAUUCAAAGAUAAUGAUUUUCGCGCUCUACAUCCGAAUGGAUUGAGAUUACCACGUAGUGUUUAUGAAAAUUUACGAGAGGUUCUAACACAUGAUGUUAAAUUUUUAGAAAGCCAAAAUAUUAUGGAUUAUUCAAUGUUAUUAGUGAUUCACAAUAUGGAUAAUCCUGUUAAACCAAAACGUGUUGGCCUCUUUGAAAGUUUAAUUGAAUCGGCAAGAGACACAUUUAUGGUAGGAGUACAACAAGUGAUUGAGCAAAAUGAAAAAAAUACUCGUGAAAAAAAACAUCGUGUACGAUAUGGAAAACCAAUUGAAACUAUUGGAAUGGGUUGUUCGUCAAUAAAUACAUAUGAUACACCACAAGCUAAACAAUUUGGUGGAAUUCCAGCCGUGAAUGAAAAAGGAGAACGUUUGUUACUUUUUUUUGCCAUCCUUGAUAUAUUGCAAACUUUCGAUAUUUGUAAAGUAAUGCAACGUCAGCUUCAGACAAUACAAGUUCAAACAGCUGUGGAUGAUCGUUCAAUUGUUGAACCUGAUUUUUAUGCUAAACGAUUUAAAGAGUUUAUAUUUAAUGAUGUGUUCAAACCAGCCACAGAUGAAAUUGGCACACGGCCAAUGCCAUUACCUAGCGAUACAUCGUACAAUAUUACAGAAAGUUUUUGA